AUGGCAACGGCAAUUCCGAAAGAUGAAAAGACCCUUACAAUUACCUCUGGGGCCUGGAUCCAUAACCCAGAUCAUGACAAAAUCCUCCGAAUCAUUCAUGACUUCACCCCAUUCAUUUCCUGCUUGGCUCGAGGCAUCCCCUCAGCCAACCGCAGUAAUGCAUCUGUCGAUCCGUCAUCUCAUCCCGGAUGCCAAUUCACUAAUCGUCCAGAUACUCCGGACCCCCCUGCACGGGGUCCCUUUUCACCUGCGCUGAGCAACGGCGAAAUCAAAAUAACCCAACAAUCCGACGCCGACGCCCUCUCCUCCUGCGACACCAUCUCCGGAACACUCCUCAUCGCCCCCUCCGCCAGCGGAACCAUCUCUCUUCCCAACGUCGAGGAAAUCAAAGGUCCCCUGACCAUCAAAGACGCAGAUGACCUGAACGCCGUCCGCGCUGACGAUCUCGAAACCGUGUCCGGCCCUGUCACGGUCGAGAACAAUAAGCGGUUGACCAGUCUGAAGUUUGAUGGGUUGGGGACGAUUGGUGGCGAGUUGAAGAUUAGGGGGAAUGAAGCUCUUAGGGAGGUCCAGUUGGAUGAUUUGGAAAGUGUUAAUGGGGGAGUUACCGUGGAGGGAGGGUUUACUGGUCUCUCCCUCUCCAACCUCGAAAAAGUCCGCGGCGCCACAAACAUCGCUUCCACGGCGAGUGAGUUCUCCUGUUCGAGUCUCAACUCUCUUCAUUCCGAAGGCGCGUUCGGUAGCGACUUCAACUGCAAAAAUGAUGACGACAAGGGAAAUGACGGAGGACUUAGCGCUGGCGCAAAAGCCGGGAUCGCGAUUGGUGUGAUUAUAGGCGUCUUGGUGAUCCUUGUUGGGAUUUGGUUUUGUGUCAGAAGACAGAGAAGGCAGAGGAGGGCGCAGAAGGAGGCGAUGGCGGGGAUUGCGGGUGGUUCUGGCGGUGCUGCUGCUGCUGCCGCCGGGAUGAACGGUGGCCCCAGAGGAGGUAGUGGUGGGAUCAGCGACGAAGAAAAAGGUACCAGUGAGAAUACCACCACGACGUCUAUUAGUCCUGUCUCGCCAGAUGAGAUGACCGCCAACGCGCUAUCUAUACCCCGGAAACCGCUUUCACCAGCUCCCCAAGAGACAGGCAUCGUGUCGAUAGCGGGGACGAAUUCCGCCAGCGCGUUAGGGACGGGGACGCGCUCAACGUCGCUGCCGUCGGCGUUGGUCGCCGGGGAAUCGGAUCAUCGGUUCUCGACGGUGUCGGCGCUGGGGACGAGCGAUCCGUCAGAAUCGUUGUUCUUGAGGCCCGUGCCUAGACGCGUGCCGUCGGAGUCGGAUGUGCCGAUGCUGGAUAGUGGUGAUGUUCAUGAGGCGCCGGUGCAGUCGGCUAGGGAGCUGGAUCCGCCGUUUGAGUUGGAUGCCGGGCCGGUGAGAGGGACGCAUCAGCAGGCGAUUAAUCAUGAAUGA